CAUCCCACAUUGUGUUAAGCUUGUGCAUAGUGCCUUUACCCGUUCGCGGUUCUCGUUAUAGACCAGUGCAAUGUUAAUUGUGCAAAGCGAGCAGUUUGAAGUGACGAAUCAUGCAAUUUACCAUAUAUAUAUAUAAUACUAAUGCUAAUACUGAUUGGACCAGCGGGAUGUGAGUGAGUGUCCUCACAUGGCACAAGGAUCAUGUGGAGCAAAGGUGGGGAUAUCAGCAGAGCGUUUGGAUCGUCGAUGGGACGACUGAGUGUCGUCCUCCCGAGGCAUCAGGAAGGUGUGAUCAGUAACACGGAUGGGAGCCCACACUCCCUUCCAUCCUGGAGGAAGACCAUAAUAAGGGGAAGUGCCACAAAGCCACAUUGCACCAUCAGUGGGGUGAUCAGGUGUAAGGCAGCUGUGGCCUGGGAACCAAACAAGCCAUUGACGAUUGAGGAGAUUGACGUCGAGCCACCACAGGCCAACGAGGUCCGCGUUAAGAUCGUGGCAACGGGUCUCUGUCGCACUGACCUUUUCUACCUGGAUGAGGCUGACACAAAAGGCCUCUUUCCAAUGAUUCUCGGCCAUGAAGGAGCAGGAAUUGUGGAGAGUGUUGGCCCUGGAGUCACAGAAUUUCAACCAGGUGACAAAGUUAUCCCCCUGAUCGUCUCCCAGUGUAGAGAGUGCCGCUUCUGUAAGAGCCCAAAGACUAACCAGUGUGCAAAAGCAUGGGAUGUUGUUCCUCACAAUGUGAGCAAAGCACCAGCCUCCAAAUUAACCUGCAAAGGAAAGAAGUUGCUGCAGUUUAUGGGAAUCAGUACCUUCUCACAGUACACCGUACUUAACCAGAUUGCUCUGGCCAAGAUCGACCCUGCUGCCCCUUUGGAUAAAGUCUGUCUCCUUGGCUGUGGAAUCUGCACAGGAUUUGGAGCAGCAGUCAAUAAUGCUCAGGUGGAGCCUGACUCCACCUGUGCUGUGUUUGGCUUGGGAGCUGUAGGUUUGGCUGCAGUCAUGGGCUGCAAAUAUGCUGGCGCCAAGAGAAUUAUAGCUGUGGAUAUCAACACAGACAAGUUUGACAAAGCCAAGGAGUUUGGAGCCACUGACUUUGUUAACCCAAAGGAUCACAACAAACCCAUCAGCCAAGUUCUAUCUGAGAUGACUAAUGGGGGAGUUGACUACUCCCUGGAAUGUGUGGGGGAUGUAAAACUCAUGCGUGCUGCAUUGGAGUCCUGCAUUCAAGGUUGGGGAGUGAGUGUGAUUGUUGGCUGGACUGAUAAGGAAGAAUUCUCUGCUCGCCCUACUGAUCUCAUUGGUGGACGCACAUGGAAGGGCUCUGUAUUUGGAGGCUUUAAGGGUAAGGAUGGAGUGGCUAAAAUGGUUGCAGCCUACAUGGACAAGAAAGUUAAACUGGAUGAGUUCAUCACACACAACAUGCCUUUGGACCACAUCAAUGAAGCCAUCAAACUGUUGAAGAAGGGCAAAAGCAUCCGGACAGUCCUGAGUUUUAAUCCACAAUAAACUAUCUGUGUAGGUUUCAAUAGCUCCUAAAUCAUCAAUGUAGUUUAAAUUAUAGAAUACAUCAAGAUUUUGGCAUCAAAGAUAAAGUCACUCAAGACCCUGAAACAGCACCAUGAGAGCUGCAAAUGUAAUUGAUGACCUCCAAUGUGAUAUCAUCUUAAAAAAAGAAGUUCACUUAUCAAAAUGGAUGAGUUAUAUGCUUCAUUAAGUGCAGACAGAUUUCCAAAAAUCCAGAAGCUGCCACAAAGGAUUCUGGUGGCGUUUGGCUCUAGUGUGGGAACAGACUUUUAGUGUGAUGAACACCAACAAAACAUUCUACUGAUCCCAGAUGAACACCUCAGAUGUGUUUUGAAAUUGCCACAGCUAAACAAACACCAGACUUCUGGCCCACCUGUUAAAUUUCAAAACUCAAUGCCAAAACAUUGGCCUAUACCUGUUCUAGCCGUAUGCAUUUAAUGAAUACAAAUACAAAUUAAAACAAAGGACACAACUCCAAAGGGACUACUGUUAAUUUACAUGUGAACUGGUCUCACGAGCUUCCCAUGUCAUAUAGUAUUUGUGAGGAAAAAUAAAUGAAAGAGAUCAGUGACAUAUGGUGUUCUGUCUUUA